GAUGAAUACCACAUUUGCUAAAUGUUGCUAACAGCUAAAUCGUAACUGACUUAUUUAAUAAUGUGACUGCAGUCCUGUGAAAACAGAAUGGAUAGAGACUUGUUGAGGCAAUGCCUCACGUAUCAUGGAGAGUCCUUGUUCAACAAACUGAAAUGUGAACAAACAGAAAACCCAGACUUCCAAGCUGUGGUGUCUGACUUGUGCAAGGCCACGAAUGAAAGCAGGGGUGAAGAUCAGGGCAGCCCCCUUGUAGAGCAGUUCAUUGCCAGGAAGGCUGACAUCCUGUUCUGUCCAGCAUGGAAGACCGCCACUCUUCAAGAAGAAGAGCACGAGGCGGAGGAGGACGCUGCAGAGCCCUAUGCCAUCAUGCCACCGGUGGAGUUGUUCAUGGAGGUGUCGUAUGAGGAGAGACGAUCCAUGCUGUACAGGGACUUGGAAAGAGGAGACAUCGUGGUGGGGAGGAUCAACAACAUAAGAGAAUACGGCUUCUUCCUCACUCUGCUGUGCAUGGCAGGAGGCCUGAAGAGAGACAUAGAAGACCUGGAGUUGUCUGCUCUAUGUCACAUCAGAGAAAUUCCCUCCACUGGGAACCACGAUGAUCCUCUGUCCUACUACCAGAUUGGGGACUUCAUCAGAGCUGGAGUGAAAGACAUUGACCGCUACCAGGAGAAGAUCACCGUGUCCCUCCACCAGGCCUCUCUUUCUCCCAGCUUGGAGCACAUCAAACUGGGAGUCAUUACGCGGGAGGAGCUGCCCGUGCACUACAGUCGUAGCGUUCGCGCAGCCAGUGACUCUAGUGAGACGUAUGAGUGUAUACUGAAGAGCUGCCACGGCUACCACAACCCCUCUGUAGUGGACUACCUGUUGGAGAAGGUGGGAAUUAGCGACACCCACCCACCAUCAAUGAUGAGAGGACUACAGAGUAAACUUUUUCAAGAGGAGGAUUUCGCCUCAGCAAUCAGGAAGAAGCAGUCCGCCUCCUGGGCCUUGAAGUGUGUCCGUGCAGGUGUGGACCACUUCAAACAUGGUCGUCAUGUGGAAGCCAUGAAUGAGUACAACAAAGCCUUGGAGAUCGACACUAAUAAUGUAGAAGCACUGGUGGCGCGAGGAGCUCUGUAUGCUAACAAAGGCAGCAUCGUAAAGGCUAUAACAGACUUUGAACUGGCUCUGGAGAGCUGCCCAGAUCACCGCAACGCCAAGAAGUACCUCUGCCAGACACUGGUGGAGAGAGGAAAACAGCUUGAAGAACAAGAGAAACUAGUUACAGCAGAAGGAUUGUACAGGCGAGCUCUGUCUCUAGAUGACUCAAACCCUGAGGCACAAGAAGCCCUGAACAAGAUCACAGACACAAUACAGAAAUCGAUUCGCCUGCGAGAAGAAGCACUGGCUAAGGAGGAAGUGAAAGCUAAGAGCAGCCAAACCAGCGCUGAGAAAUUGCGUAAGAUCUUAAAAGAGGAGAAGAGGAUGAAGAAAAAACGGAAGAGAUCAGCAUCUUCUUCAUCAUCAUCCUCCACUUCCACCAGGAGCUCCUCUACUUCUUCAUCGUCCUCCUCCUCUCGCAAGAAGUCCAAAAAGAAGAAAAAGAAGCGUCGGAGGUCUGAGCGUGGAAGUAAACGCCAUCGUAGGAUCUCCUCAAGGGAGAGUAGGAGGAGUGAGGAGGGUAAGAGCGAGAAAGACAGGAAGGAAAAAGAUGAGGACGAGGUGGAGUGGUAUCCUGCACCUCCCAACACCUCUGCCACCUUUCUCAACCAGGAGGGAGGCCCAGGGUUUGAGGAGAGGGAUGAGGUAGAAGAGAAGGACGCAGAAGAAAGAAGAAUAUCUCAGCUUUAUUCUUUGUCGGCAGCUUCAGAGAACGAAGAGUCUGACUCCUCGCGUAAAGAAAGAAAGGGAAGGGACAGAGAGGAGAGCAGGGCAAGGAGAAAGAAAAGCAGUAUGAGUAGAAGCCCAGACAGAGAGAAGAAGAGGAGCCAGAGCAAAGAGAGGAGGGAUAAAAACAGGGAAAGAGGGAAGGAAGAUAACAGGAGGAACAGUGACUCUAAGAUGAGAAGGAGCUUAGACGAGAACAGAAAGCGAAAAGUAUCCUGCUCCUCAGCUGACUCUGAGUAUUCACGGAAAUCUAGUGUCCGAUCUGAGUAUUUGGGAAACUCUGGUUCUGCUUCCAAACACUUGGUUAGACAUGACCUCUCUAAGAGGAACUCAUUUGAUGGUGGUAGGUAUGAGAACAGAGGGAGGGAUGAAAUUUGUGAGGUAGAAGACGUAAAAAGAGGGAAGGAAAGUAAAAAGGGGAGAGAGGAGGAAGAGAGAAGCAGUAAAAGAUCAGAAAGUGCUGGAAAUCAUCAUGAACAAAGUGGUGGUGUGACCUCAGUGCCAGGGGUAAGGCCUAAAAAAGACCUUCCUGCUAAUCUGCUAAAUAUUUUCAAUCAGAUCGCCCAGUUUGAGAAGGAGAAAGGAGGAAGGCCAAAAAAAUAACUCCAAAACAAAAGACCAGAAUAUGCCAAAUACACACGUUAAAGAAAAGAGACUUUGAAAUGGAUGAUUGUACCAUUUAUUCAUUCUCUGGACCGUGCAUCAAGAUAAUACACCUGAGACACAGCCAGAUGUGUUGCUGAUUGAAUGUCCCAAGAUGUUUUCCGUUACCGUCAGUGUUGCAGAAAAUUUGUCAUUUUACUUUGAAUUGUCUAAUUCUUUAUGGUAGAUUUAAGGCCUGUAGUCAACUCUGAUGAUGGCUGGAUAAUAGCUGGUAAAAAUGAAAUAAAAUUGAAACUAUAAAUAAAAUUGUGAAAAUACUAUCCCAAAUAAUGUGAUAACAUCAUAUUACUGUUGUUACCGGUGAUCAUUAGUGUAAUUAAUUUUUACCUCUUAUAUCUUCUUAAAAAAUAACUUUACAAAAUAAUAUUUUAAUGUGAGAGUAUCAGUGACUAAAGAUAUUACAUCUUCAGUCAAUAUUGUUAAAUUAGCUGUGUAAUUUCCUACUUUAAAUGGUCUUUUUUUUCAUACAUAUUGACAUUUGGCACUUUGGUGUCACAUCAGUUGCUACAGGCUUUAAUAUCCGUUCUUUUUCGUUCAUCUUAAGUUCAGACUUUUUUCUGUCAAAGGAGCUAUAUGUAAGUUUUUGCUUUUGGUGCAUAGCCAACGUUAGCAUUAACAGCUGUUUACC